AUGGCGGACCCUGACUCUGCGGCGUGGCUGUGGGAGACUGCCGGCGACGGCACCCCGCGCCCGGAGCGGCCGGGCCUCCAGGCACCCGCCCACGAGGGCGCCACGCCGGUGCACAUGGCCACCAGCGUGGACGCCGCCAAGGGCGAUCAGCGGGGCCGCCUUUCCGUGGGCGACAAGAGCGAGCCGCAGGGGACACCGCGCGGGGAAGACUUUUACGACUCCAGCGAACAGGCGCUCAAGGCGGAGGAGGGCGUGUGGGACGAGGAGGUUCGGCGCGGCGCGGCGCGGCCGCGCGGGCACCUGCGGCAGGACAGCGCGAGCAGCGCGGCGUCGGAGCAGAGCCUGGAGGGCGCGAUGGUGACCGGCAGCUACUUCAAGAAGCGGCUCGUCGUCGUGGAGAACCCGCAGACCUACACGCCCGUGCAGGUGAGCGCGCGGCCGGGGUUCGCGGCGUGUUCGGUGUGCCGCGAGGCGGUGGGCCUGGACGUGGCGGGGCGCGAGUUCGUGCCGUGCGAGUGCGCCUUCCCGCUCUGCCGCCCCUGCUACGAGUACAUCCGCGCCGCGGAGGACGGCCGCUGCCCCGCCUGCAAGGAGCGCUUCAAGAGAAUGCGCGGCAGCCCGCGCGUGCCUGAGGACGAGGAGGAGGACCACGUGGAGGACUUGGAGGCGGAGUUCCGGCACCACCUGCCCGCCGUCAACACGCGCCGCGCCCAGGCCCCCGCGCGCGAGCCGGUCAUCGUGCUGACCCCGUCGGACGCAAGCCUGGAGAUGCGCAAGCUGGCGCGCGAGGACUCGUACGUGGCGCGGCUGACGCGCCAGGACUCGGCGGGCAGCCUCAUGCGCUCCGACUCCGACAUGCAGCAGCUGUCGGUGCUAGACAGCAAGCCCAUGGACGCGUACGGCUACGGCAGCGUCUCGUGGCAGCCCGGCGGCAGCGGCGGCGGUGGCGGGGACGGGCACACGGGCGGCCUGCCCAGUGUGGACGACACGAAGCGGCCUCUGUCCCGCAAGGUGCCCGUGGCUCCCGGCCUCAUCAACCCGUACCGGUUCGUGGUGCUGCUCCGGCUGGGCGUGAUGGGGGUGUUCCUGCGGUGGCGCUGCCUGAACCCCAAUCCUGACGCGUACCCGCUGUGGCUGGCCAGCGUCAUCUGCGAGAUCUGGUUCGGCGUCUCGUGGCUGCUGGACCAGAUCCCCAAGUGGUCGCCCAUCGACCGCGAGACCUACCUGCAGCGGCUCGCGCUCAAGUUCGAGCCGGCGGGCGGCGCGAGCGCGCUGGCGGCGGUGGACAUUUUCGUGAGCACGGCGGACUGCGAGAAGGAGCCGCCGCUGGUGACGGCGAACGUGGUGCUGAGCGUGCUGGCGAUGGAGUACCCGCUGGACAAGGUGUCGUGCUACCUCUCCGACGACGGCGCCGCCAUGCUCACCUUCGAGGCGCUCACCGAGACCGCCGCCUUCGCGCGCGUCUGGGUGCCCUUCUGCAAGACCUUCGGCGUCGAGCCGCGCGCGCCCGAGAUGUACUUCAUCCAGAAGGUGGACUACCUGCGCGACCAGGUGCACCCCGAGUUCGUCAAGGCGCGCCGCAAAGUCAAGACGUGCUCAUCUGACACUGUUCCGUGGCCUGGUGCGGCCGCGCAGCGCGAGUACGACGAGUUCAAGAUCCGCGUGAACGCGCUGGUGGCCAAGGCGGCGGUGCGCCCCGCGGACGGCUGGGCCAUGCCCGACGGCACGCCCUGGCCCGGGAACGACCGCGCGGACCACGUCGGCAUGAUCCAGGUGUUCCUGCAGCCUGACGGCGACACGCAGGACGUGAACGGCGGCCCGCUGCCGCGGCUGGUGUACAUCAGCAGAGAGAAGCGGCCGGGGCACGACCACAACAAGAAGGCCGGGGCCAUGAACGCGCUCAUGCGCGCGAGCGCCCUCAUCUCGAACGCGCCCUUCGUACUCAACCUGGACUGUGAUCACUACGUCAACAACUCGCUCGCCCUCCGGGAGGCCAUGUGUUUCUUGCUGGACCCGGUGCACGGCCCGCGCGUGUGCUACGUCCAGUUCCCGCAGCGCUUCGACGGCGUCGACCGCAACGACCGCUACGCCAACCACAACACCGUCUUCUUCGACGUGAACAUGCGCGGUCAGGACGGGCAGCAGGGCCCGAUGUACGUGGGCACGGGCUGCGUCUUCCGUCGCGCGGCGCUCUACGGCGCGGACCCGCCGCCCAAGGACAAGGCCCGCCCGCGCUCCUGCUGCGCGGGAUGGUGCUUCGGCUCGCGGACCAAGAAGAACAACAAGGUCUCCGCGGGAGGGCCCGGCGCGCCGCACGACGAGGUUCCGCUGGUGCCGCUCAAGUGGCACGCCGCGCGCUUCGGCAUGUGCCACAACUUCGUGGCGUCCACGCUCAUUGUUGACGGCAACCCCGUGCCGAGCUCCCCGCGCACGGUGCUGACGGACGUCAUCCUGGUCAUCUCGUGCGGCUACGAGGACAAGAGCGACUGGGGCAAGAAGAUCGGGUGGAUUUACGGCUCGGUGACGGAGGACAUUUUGACGGGCUUCAUGAUGCACGCGCGCGGCUGGCGCAGCGUGUACUGCAUCACCGCGCGGCCCGCGUUCAAGGGCUCCGCGCCCAUCAACCUCACCGACCGCCUGCACCAAGUCCUCAGGUGGGCGCUGGGCAGCGUGGAGAUCUUCUUCUCGCGCUACAAUCCGCUGUGGUACAGCCCCACCAGCAGCCUCAAGCUCGUGCAGCGCCUCUCGUACGUGAACACGACGGUGUAUCCGUUCACGAGCAUCCCGCUGCUGACGUACUGCCUGCUGCCCGCCAUCGGCCUCUUCACCAACACCUUCAUCGUCGCCAACCUGUCGGACUCGGCGAUCGUGUACUUUUUGCUGCUCUUCCUCAGCGUGUUCGCGACGGCCAUCCUCGAGAUCCGCUGGGCGCACAUCAGCCUGGAGGAGUGGUGGCGCAACGAGCAGUUUUGGGUGAUCGGCGGGACGAGCGCGCACUUGGCGGCGGUGCUGCAGGGCCUGCUCAAGGUGCUGGCCGGCGUGGACACCGCCUUCACGCUCACCUCCAAGGACGGCGGGGAAGGCGGCGACUUCGCGGAGCUGUACCACUUCAGGUGGACGUGGCUCAUGAUCCCGCCCCUGACGCUGAUCCUGUUCAACCUGUUUGCCUGCAUUGCCGGCCUCGCCCGGACCGUGCAGGCCAGCGGGCCGCGCUGGGGGCAGCUGCUGGGCAGCCUGUUCUUCUCCAUCUGGGUGCUCCUGCAUCUCUACCCCUUUGCCAAGGGCCUGAUGGGGCGGAGCAACAAGACGCCGACGAUCAUCCUGGUGUGGGCCGGCCUGCUGUCCAUCGUGCUCUCGCUGCUGUGGGUCAAAAUCGCGUAG